AUGGGUGCAAUAAAACACGGGUGCGACAGCGCGAGUGUGCGGUGCCACGUGUCACCCCAUCUUCGAGGCAGUGCCCCAGGUGGGUGCCGCACGUCACAGGGCGCCGGGGCUCGCAGCAAACGUGUGCACACAAGAGGGGAUUUGUGCUAUUUUUACCGACCACUUGCAAGCCGCCUGCGGUUUAAUACUCCCCCUCUGUCGCCGGGCCCCCGCAGUGCGCGGCUCCACAGACACCAGGCGCCACCGAGGAGAACAGCGCGACGCCACCAUGCCAGAGCCAGAAAAUCCAAGAUCACAGCCUCACGCAAGCUCCUGUUGAAGAGCUUGAUGCUGGCAAAAGCAAAGGAGGAGUGGGAUCAGGAGAUCGUGGACAAGCAGUCAGAGAAGGAAAGGUACCUGUCGGAGCGGAUCACACCGCUGCACACCAGCGGGCUCUCCCUGAGCCAGCUCCAGGACCUGUGCAGGGAGCUGCACGAGAAGGUUGAAAUUGUGGACGAAGAGCGAUAUGACAUCGAAGCGAAGUGCAACCAUAACACCAGGGAGAUUAAAGACCUGAAAAUCAAAGUGCUUGACCUGCGGGGGAAGUUCAAGCGACCGCCCCUGCGGCGGGUCCGCGUCUCUGCCGAUGCCAUGCUGAGGGCUCUGCUGGGCUCCAAGCACAAGGUCUCCAUGGACCUCAGAGCCAACCUGAAGUCCGUCAAGAAGGAGGACACGGAGAAGGAGCGCCCCGUGGAAGUGGGCGACUGGCGCAAGAACGUGGAGGCCAUGUCGGGGAUGGAGGGGAGGAAGAAGAUGUUCGACGCUGCCAAGUCCCCGACGGGGCAGUGAGAGGUGUGCCAGGACAGAAGAAGGUCCCCAACCCCGCUGCCUGCCCCCUUUUCCCUUGCUGCCCCUCCGCACUCUUUGCACCCUCACCCUGAGCUCAGCACCGAGACGAAAAGUGUGGACAACCGUGCGGGAAGGAGAUCUGAGCUUCUUCCUUCCAGCUCUGCCUCUUGCCCUGCUCCCACACAGCCCCAGCACAGCGGCUCCUGCGGGCAUCACCCCCACGGGAUGCGCUCCUGGAGGGGCCACCAGCCAGCCAGCCCCUCCUGCCACUGCCAAGAUGCCCCGGGGAUGGCUGCCGGUCCCCUGCUCCCCCACCCUUGGGUGCAGCCUGAGAUGUGCCCGCGCGGCUGCGCGCGCAUUAAAGGACGGUCUCCGGG